CAUCAUCGCAAGCUGUAUUCACUGCUGCGGAUUAUAUUAUCCUGCACAACUUUAAGGGGGUUUCAGCGUAAAGCAAGUCAUACUGACGAAUGGUUCGCCCCCUCGCCCUGGCGCCGACCAGCUUCAUUGCGGGGAGCCUGCUGUUCCCUGUAGAGCUCGCUGGUUAUGACGAUAACUACCAAGCGUCCUCGCAAACCAGCCACGAAGUCGAGAGGAGAAGAGGAAACCAAUGUUUCCAGGACGCAUCGCUUAUCGCCGCUGCACUUCGCCCGCAGGCAGCCACCGUGCGGCUCCUUGAGGACGUGCGAACCCUGAAGCGCGCGGCGGGCGGCGGCCUGAGCGCGGCGGCGCUGGCUCAGGCUCUUCGCGGCCUGGGCUACGAGGCGUCGCUUGCCUGCUCCAGCGGCUCCCACUCCGCGCCGUCCGCGCUGCGCCUGUCACACGAGUUCGUGGUGGUGCGGGGCUGCGGUGCGGGUGGGCCGCUCAUCGUGGAGCCCAGCUUCCGCGAGCACUUUGCCAUCGGCUCGCUGUACGCGACGGAGCGCUACAGGCAGGUGCUGGCGGCGGUGCCCGAGGAGCUGGUGGCGCCGUAUUCACAGCUGUGUGAGAUGGUGCGGCUGGUGUGCGCCGAGAUGAAGUUCAGCUUCGGGGCCACUGGCAACUCGCUGCCGCCCUGGCGAAGCGUCAACUCGGUCCUGUCCAGAUGGGCGGCCGCGCGCGAGUAGCCGCCCCGCAGAGUGCUACCGGGUGGCGGGUCCUGGUGCACUACGCCAGGCUGUGUCACCUUGGGUGAUGCACUCAAGGUUGAUAGCGCGGGGAUGCAGUGUGCAACGAAGAGGUUGAGCCACUGCGGCUAUGCGUUUUCAUCCCUAGAAGAAUGCCUUCGUUUUUGGCGAGUAAUUUCAUUUUUACACAGCCGGCAUGCAUGCACCCGGUAAUGGGUGCAUGACAGCUCGUUUUGCCGCCAGCAGGCUUGUGGUGGCGUUGGUCUGCUUGGCACAAUUCAUAUCACCACUAUCACAGACAUCCUUGGGCAAUGCCAAACCACAGUGUACGGGCUGUGUUUGCGUGUUUCGAUGCAGCUGAUGUGUUACAGACGGUUUGCUUGACCAUUGUUUGGACUACGAUUGCACGGUUAACUUGCGGCAUGAAUGAAUGACAGCAUUCGAGCAGACCUUCCUGACUCGCACAAGCCUCAAACCAGCCGCAGGCGCCCUCACACAACCCAGGCUG